CAGGCUCUUCAUGGAGAUCCUCAACCUGUGCACGCACUGCGACGAGAUCCUGUUCAAGGAGGACGGCUCCUGGAGCCCGAUGCAGCCCAAGAGGGUGAAGCAGGAGCCGCUGUGGUCCUCGUACAGCGGCGCCGACGCGGGCGGCGCUGCGGUCCAGGACCCGUUCUCCCGCAGGAGGUGCUGCGCCCAGCGCGGUAGUUCCACCGCCGAGGUGAUCGACCUCACGCUGGACAGCUCCUCGGAUGAGGAGGAGCCCCCCGUCAAGAGGCACUGCCACGUGGUGACGUCAACGCACCUCGCCUCCGUCAACAAGCAGUUCCUCAGCCUCCACCAGCUGCCUCCGGCCCACCAGAGCCCAGCAUCCACCGCCGUCUCCACCGACUACCUGCCCUCGCUCUCCAUCCCGGAGUACCAGCUCUCCUACCACAUGCCUCCGCUGCCCUCAGACUUCCAAGGUUUGGACUUAUUUUCCUUCCUUCAAGUGGACAACCAGAACCAGCGCUCGGUGAUCAGCAGCAGCUCGGAUGAGCUGGACCCCAUGCACGCUUCGCUCAGCCACUUCUUCCCCUUCACCUCAUCGCCCCAGUACCUGGAGCCCUUGCUGAGCCCAGCCCGCACCAUGCACGGGAGCGCAGGCCGGAGCAGCAGCAGCAGUGGCGCUGGCGGUGGUGGCGGUGGAGGCGGCAUCAUCUCCGGCAGCAUCGCCCGCGACAACGGCCCCGCCACUCACACCGAGACCGGAGCUACAGCGGCCAACAUACUCGAUGUCAUCUCCUUAGACUAAUGGGACUGUCCAACAGAGAGCAGACACGCACGCUCACACACAUACACGCACACACACACAGACGCACACUCACACGCACACACUCACGCACACACACGCACGCACACACACGCACACACACGUACGCACACACACGCACGCACACACACGUACGCACGCACAUGCACGCAAACUCACGCACACAAACUCCCACUCCCACGCGCACACACACACACACACACACGUAUGCGCACACACUCACUCGCACACUCACACUCACACGCACGCAUAUACGUACGCACACACACACACUCACACACACACAGACACACAUACACACACACACACACGCACACACACACACACAUACACACACACACACACACACACACACACAUACACGCACACACACACACACACACACACACACACACACACACACACACACACACACACACACACACACACACACACACACACACACGUACGUCUACCUGCCCUGAACUCCAACCCAUGCCCGCUGGAGACGGGCAUCUUGUGUGGUAAAGGCAACACAGGCCGCUGUAGCUGGUGGUGAACAACCUGGGCCGGACACAAAACGUCACCUGUCCGGUCUCCCGAAGGGUGCGAACACAAAACAUCACCUAUCGGUGGUCUGAGGAAGGGUCCCGACCCAAAACAUCACCUAUUCGGUCUGAGGAAGAGUCCUGACCCAAAACUUAACGUAUCAAGUUGAAAAGAAGGAUUCCAACCCGAAACGUCUCUGACCCAUGUUCUCCAGUGGUGCUGCCCGUCCCGCUGAGUUACUCCAGCACGUUUGCGUGCUUCUGCAUAUUAGCCAGCACCUGCGGUUCCUUGGGUCUCUGCUACUGAGGACAGACGCACUUGCCUUCAUCUGAAAGCAGCCGAGCUGAUCGGAGAGAGACUAUUCCACGGGAAACAGUCGCCCAUUCCUUCUCUCCAGAGACGCCGCCCGCCCCCGGUCUGAGUUACUCCGGCUUUUUUUGCGUAUCUUCGGCGUAUAAACCGACAACCGCAGGGUGUUGUAAUCCACCCCCCUUCAGAAGAACUGGUACCGUUGGGGAGAAGGCACAAAUAACCCCCCCUGCGGGCACCAGGAAGAACCUAAACCCGCUGCGAGGGGAGAGAGUCCUGAAUAACGGUGGCCAUUUUAUAACGGUGGCCAUUUUAAAUGUAGCGCUGAGAUUUAAACCCCCCCUCCAUCCCCUUUUUUUACGCAAAUUAUGUAAGGGAACUAACUUUCUGUACAGAGAAAGCAAAAAUGAUCUAUUUUCAGUGAAGGGUAUUUUGUAAAUAUCAAAGUAUUUAAAGAAAAAAAUCAAAAUUUCCAAAGACUUGUUGUUCACCUCACUGUUGCAUUGUGCCUAUCGUGCUGGUAACUCUAUCCAAGCAUUUAAUCUCAUUAGCCACCCAUCAGUGAAAACAUAACUGGACCUUCAUGUAUCGACCCAGUUAUCGCAAUUAAAAGGUCUCGGAAAU